AUGACCGGUGGAUUUUCGAAAUUAAACCCUCCAUCGUCCAUACGCUUGUUGAAUUCUAAACAAAGAGAUUGACAAUUUUACUUAAACUUAUCAAUCAAGAACAUAACUGAAUCUUUCGUCUUGUUUAUGUGCAAAUUCUAAACCAGAGAUGUCAAUUUACUAUAACCUGAAACCCUAAUCCAACACUAAACCCUUUUCAAGAAUUUGAAAUCCCUAUGUUCCAGCAUAACGGAAUCAGAAUCAAAGUUAUCUCCAUGGGAUUGGGAGCCGAGAAGAAAUGGCUUUUCACUCUCUUCACCGCUGCAAUCAUCUCUCUGCUACUCUUCAUCUCCUCGAUCUUUGGUUUCAGUGCUUCAUACGCCUCACACAAAUCCUUCUCCUCCACCGUCCACCGUGGGACUAGUCACCCUCCAUCGUUUUCCUACUACAUAUCCGGCACUGGCGGAGACGCCGACAGGAUUUUCCGGUUGUUGUUGGCGGUGUACCAUCCCAGGAAUCGGUAUUUGUUGCACAUUGGGACAGAAGGUUCUGUCGAUGAGAGGAAGAGGUUGGCUGAGUUGGUGAAGUCAGUACCAGUGAUUAGGGCUUUUGAUAAUGUGCAUCUAAUUCAGAACCCUGAUCCAACAACGGAAAUGGGCGCGAGCAAUAUCGCCGCCAUUUUACAUGCUGCAGCGAUUCUGUUGAAGAACGGUGGUGAUUGGGAUUGGUUUAUUACUUUGAGCGCAUCGGACUAUCCUUUGCUAACACAAGAUGACUUGUUUCAUGCAUUCUCCUCGAUUAGCAGAGAUGCUAAUUUCAUCGAUCAUACCAGUGACCUUGGAUGGAAGCAAGAUCAAAGGAUUCAGCCGAUUGUAGUUGAUCCAGGGAUUUACUUAGCAAGACGAACCCAAAUCUUUAGGGCUACUGAAAAACGACCUAUGCCAGAUGCCUUCAAAGUUUUCACAGGGUCUCCAUGGGUGAUUUUGAGCCGAUCUUUUCUUGAAUAUUGUGUUUUUGCGUGGGAUAAUCUCCCUCGAACACUUCUUAUGUAUGUUAACAACAUUGUUUUGGCCCAAGAAGUUUACUUCCAUACUGUAAUCUGCAACUCACCUGAGUUCAAGAACACAACCAUCAACAAUGAUUUGAGAUUCAUGGCAUGGGAUAAACCCCGAAAGAUGGAACCCAUGUUUCUCAAAAACUCAAACUACAAGAACAUGGUUGAAAGUGGAGCUGCUUUUGCAAGAAGGUUUGAUGAGAAUGAUGCAGUGUUAGACAUGAUUGAUAGUAAUAUUUUAACCCGCAAAAGUGGGCGGGUUGCACCAGGGUCAUGGUGCACGGGUCAUAGGAACUGGUUCAUGGACCCGUGUUCUCAUUGGGGUGAUGUUAAUGUCUUGAAACCAAGUCAUGAAGGUAAGAAGUUUGAUCAGUUGAUAAAGAAAAUGGUGGAUGAUUCGAGUUUAGAGUUGAAUCAGUGCAAAUGAAAGUGGAAAGUGGAAACAUGUCAAAUGGUUUAAAGAAAGAUUAAUCUUUCUUUUUUUGUAAUUCAUGAGGUAAAGAUUGAAGCUUUGUUAUUUGUUAUGGUGUGAAGGUGCAUCAUGAUUUUGUUUAUUUUGUUUAUUUUGUUUAUUAUGAUUAUGAUUUUGAUUUGUUCAAGUAUGAUAGGAAAUUGUGAUAAAGGGGAAUGGGAUUAUGAAAUCAAGAGUUGUUUUGUUGUAAA